GCGUUAAAAUUACCUCAAAUCGAAACCUCACAGAAAUGACUGUAAAAACCGCGCUUAUUAUUAUACUCUUUUAUAUUGUAUUUCUGUUAAUUAAUGCGCGUAAAGACCAUGUCAUGACAGGGAAGAUUGUCGGGGGAUUUUUCUCUAAAAUAGAAACUUUUCCUUUUGCGGUAUAUAUCAGUAAAAGUUGUAACAUUGUUAGAAAUUCAAGCUGUGGAGCAUCUAUACUGAAUCAAGUAAUAUUAUUAACCGCAGCGCAUUGCUUUAAGAAUUGUGAUCCGUUUACAGUCAACGCUUAUUCCGGUUCAAUACGUAAAUAUUCAGGAUUUGAAAAUAAAGUAAUCAGCUACAGAAAACAUGAAGAUUACCAUCCAGACAGUCACCAAAAUGACAUCGCUCUUUUGAGAUUGGAAACAGAACUGGUUUUUGGGAGGGCAGUGAAAAGAAUUAUUUUGAUGAAAUUUCCACCUAACAAUACAUUGGCAUUUGUUGCUGGAUGGGGCUGGAUAGAUUCCAAAGGUACCAGAGGUGAUGUCCUAAAACAUACUCCUCAAUUAGUGUUAGAUCGAGACGAAUGUGCUAAACAACUGGGUAAUACAGAAAUACCGAUAGGAAUGAUUUGCGGAAAAGACACAGACGGUGACGGCUACCCUGAGAAAGGAGACUCCGGCAGCCCCCUAGUAAUCAACGGUAACAUCCAGAUCGGAAUAGUUUCCUUCAAAAGAAGAGUAUUUACGAAUCACACCAUCGCAUACACACACGUCCCGUAUUUCUAUGACUGGAUAGUCAAAAAUGCGAAGGAUUUGUAUUGUGAAUACGAAAAUAGGACACUUAAGAUGAAACAGCGUUUAGCUCAUAUCCCUCGGCCAGUCGAACAUUGUGACCUCGCUAAGGGUGUUAUUUGAAGAUACGCUUGAUCUGCGAAGUAUUCCGAAGUAGUACCUAGCGAAACCUGUAGAAUAAAAUGUUAGAAAUAUUAAACAUUAGUCAACAUGUCCUUA